UUACUUAACAUUUAAUAAUAGCUUAAAAAAAACAAAACCCUUAAAGUCAAAAUGGCUCCAAUUCACAAGUUUUCAGUGUUAGUACUUGCCACAGUUUUAUUUGCCAGCGCACACGCUGGAUACUUAGGUGCCCCCGCACCAGCUUAUUAUGGUCAUGGUAGUGUAGCAAUUCCAACACCAGCAAUUACAUCACAAUCAUCAAAUAUUCUCCGUAGCUAUGGUAAUUUAGGUCAAGUAUCAACAUUCUCAAAAACAAUUGAUACACCAUACUCCAGUGUAUCCAAAUCUGAUGUACGUGUCAGCAAUCCAGGAAUUUAUGCAGCUCCAGCAUACAGACCAGCUUAUGCCGCCCCAGCUUAUGCUGCCCCAGCUUAUGCCCCAGCUAUUGCCGCACCAGCUUAUGCUCCAGCUGCCUAUGCCCGACCAGCUCUCGCACAUCCAGCUGCCGCCGGUUUAUUAGGUGUUGCCUACUCACCAGCCACAUCUGUAUCAUCUAUGACAUAUUCAGCUCCAGCCCUAGGUCUCUCAUACGCUUGGUAAACCAAAUUCAACAAAGAAGAUCAAAAAAAUGAUUGAAAAAUUGCUCUGUCAUCUUCAAAAUUCACUCUUUUGGAUUCACUACUCAUCAUUAAUUAUUUAUUUUGAUUAGUUUUCAUUUCAUCAAUUGGUAUCGCGCAUUUUUCUCAUUUUGGAUUUAUUCUAAUCUGUUCAGAAUGCUUAAUUUUAAUUAUUGUAAUUUUAAGGUUUAUUUUUAAUUUAU